AUGGCUGACCUGUCAGACUCUAGUGAAGAGUUGUGGUCGUGCCUGAAGCAGGAGACAGAGGCGUGGUAUGCCCUUUACUUGGCAACGGAUCCCCUCAGCAGGCUCUCCCUUCGCACCGAUCCCUCACCUGCCUUGAUGUCUUCCAAAUGGAACAGGACUCGCACUCGAAUGGAGUCCAUGAUCCUCGAGGCCUCGCCCAGCGAGGUGAAGGAAGAAAUAUCCGCAGCCCGCAUCGCUGGCAUUUUCCCUGUCAUGUGUCGGCUGUACGUUAUCUUCGGCCCCGGUUCCUUGCAGGAGCGAGAAGAAGGCCUUCGUCGUUUGACAAACCCUCAAGCUGCCAAAAGUCCCAAAGAAGCGGUCGCUGAGCUUCGGUCUUGGCGUCGGUGGUGCAGCAGAUUCGUGUCGCUGGGUGGAACGCUACCAGACCCCAGCAUCCUCCUCAAGGCCUUGAACACCAUCACCGCCAAGCCCCUGCAAGAUUUCCCGGAGAUCCAGUUCCGAAUUUCUCUCACGAGGGCGAGCCUUCAGGUUGAUGUGCUGCCUACGUCAGCCAAGGUGGACCAGCUGCAUCAGCAUCUGUUGAGUGAGCUUGAGGUGGUGAGCCGCCUGAAGUCCGGGGAUGCGUGCAAAGCUCAGGCUAUAGACACCCCUGGCACCUCAGCGCCCCAGAAGCCCCCGAAGCUUGAUCCCUCCAAAGACAAACCCAAACCGGAGCCAAAGGCGGUUGCCGUACCUAAAGGUGGGGCCGGUGACGAGGUCCCGGCGUCUUCGGAGGAUUGCCGUGCCUUUCUUCGCGGUGGUCAAGGUUGCAGAUAUGGGGGCAAGUGCCGUCGCCCGCACAAUUGGGCCAGCAUCCCUAAGGAUCGGCGGGCAAACCUCUGCAUCAACUGUGGCGGAGAAGGCCACAGGGCGGAUGGCUGCGCCAGGCCUAAGAGGGAUAAGCCAGGUGAUAGUUCCUCAGCCCCGUCACCCGCUAAGAAGCCUCCCAACCCACCUAAGCCAAAAGGUAACCUUCCGGAUGCCCAGCAGGUGCAAGGCCUUGUGACAGGAGCUGCAAAGUUGCUAGAAGCUCUUGGAAGCACUCCGAAGGCUCCACCUCCCGCCAGGGACACUACUCUUCCCACGCAGGCGGGGGCUGCGCAAGCACAGGCGGUGCCCAUCGCUGGGACUCCUGUCCUUUCGUUGGAUGCCCUGCAGGAACAGCUGGCAUCUUUGCAGAAUCAGCUUGCGCAGGGCUCGCAAGCCCAGGCAAAGGUUGUCGCCGAGGUUGCAUCGUUGGACCAUCAGACGGCCGAGGUGUCAGAUAGAGCUCUCCUGGAUAGUGGGGCGACCCAUGCUGUGUCGGCCACAUGCAAUGGCCCUACCUUUCCUUGUGAAGUUGCUCUCGCGGGCGAUCAGGUCCAGGUAUGGCGAAAGAAUGCCUGCGGUACCCUCAAUCCUCCUUCAACCGAGGGCUCACGACCACAAACGCUGCUACCGCUCGGUCAACUUGUGGGACGGUUGGGUUGUAAGGUGAGUUGGUGUAGGCGUAAGGGCUUACGGUUGAACCACCCCAAGCGGGGGCCACUACAAACUUUCCUUUCGGCCAAAGGAUGCCCCGAGCUUCCUGAAACUAUGGCCCAGGAGCUCAUCCGUGAGCUGGAGGAUCAACAAACCUCGGAGUUUCAGAGCACAGUGGCCCGAACGAUAGGGGCAAUCCAGGCCAAUGCAGGUGGGUCCUCUUCCCAAGCUCUCGUGGAGUAUGUUCGGGAGGGUUCAAUCUCCAGAGCAACCGCGGCGCUCCUCGUCUGCCCAGCUCUCCGAGGCUUCGAGCAAGCACAGGUGUUGGAACUUGCCCAGGCUGUGAGCUCAGGGGACGCCGAUGGAUGGCGACUGCUAAAGGACCUUCCAUACACCCGCCGUCUUCGCAAGCGUCUGUUCAAGAACCAGUGGUGGGUGAACUUCGGCCCCAAGGUCAGUCGCUCCUUGUCCGAUGCCAUUGCACACCGGGGUUACUGUGUCCUGGAGGCUUCCGAGCUUGUUGGCAAAGCUGAGCUGAUUCCGGUGCUGCUUUGGGCGUGUGCUACCGGUCGUUUCGCAGGCUCCAUGUGCUGGGGGGGUGCAUCACCAGUCCCUCUAUCUGAGUCACAGGAGCUGUGGUCAAGGUGGUUCUGGGCUGUAGCUUCGGUUUUUCAAGGGGUUUGUCUUCCCUUUCUGGUUGAGGGUGUUGCCCACCAGGAUCAGCGGACCCGUGAGUUCGCCCGUUGGGGACAAGCUUGGACUGUUCAGUUCUCUGAGACCCGUGUUGCCGCCACUAACCUUGACCUUCGGCAUGUGGACUCUCGAGUGCUGCAUGAUCUGCAAGGCACGGCCUGCCUAGAAACCGAAAUUCAGCGAGCCUUAUGCGGCGAGGGGCCCAGCCUUCCGUACCUUGCAGCGGCCUCUGCGCUACCUGAUGCUUCCACUCCAGGCCCUGUGCCUGACGUCGAAGCAAUCGGGAUCGAGGAAGCUGGCUCUGGUGCUCAGCCAGGCGAUCUUGACUCUUUUGGGGAAGAGUUCCUGAGGGAUCUAGAGGCGUUGAUCGACAAGGAUGUUGGUCAGGAUGUUCCAGGGGAGCCUCCAGAAGACCCAAAAAACCUUUCACUUCCGAUGUCAAUGCAAGAUCUCAGAGCUGCCGAGCCGGAUCCCAAUGACCUUUCCGAAAAAGACAAGAGCAAGGUCGCAAUGUCGCCGAAAGAAAGGGCCUCAUGGCGACGCCAUAUCACCGCUGGCCAUCUCCCCUACAGACGAGAUUGCCUCGCCUGCACCAUGGGCGCAGGUCUAGGAAUUCAACAUCGUCGCGUUCGCUUCAAGGAUAGCUUCUCAAUGUCUUGGGACAUCAGCGGGCCGUUUCGUGAAGUUGGCAAGACUGGCAAACACUCAGGUUUCCGGUACCUGUUCGUAGCAGGGGUUCGUGUGCCAACCUGCCUGUUCCGAGAUGCAGCCACCUCAGCGCCCGGUCCUUCUGCUAACAAACCUGAUCCGGGGUCUCCGACCUUGCAGUCAUCAACCCCAGGACAAGUAGCUGCACCCGCGCAGUCGCCCCAGCAAGGUGAGCUUGACUGGAACUCCGAUUACUCCCCUACUGAAGGAGGGGAAAUCGAUCCAGACAUCCUGUUCUCCGAGCUUGAGCCACCAGCUGUUGAGGAGGAGGAGAGCCUGCCAGAGCAUCUCCCGCCUAUUGAAGCACCUGCGCCUAAGGUUGAGUCCGUGCUGGAUGAAGGGCCUUCCAUGUCAGAUGAUGAAAUCGAUAAAAUGGUCGCUUCCCUCCGGCAUCCUGUUGACCAAGUGCUCCUCAGGUUUGCGGUUCCUCUGCGCAACAGGCAAUCCAAGUCUCUUCUGUCGGCAAUACAGUAUGUGGUGACUGAGACCAACAGGUUGGGAAUACCGAUCAAAAUCUGUCACAGCGACAAAGAAGGACAGUCAGAGGAGAUCCAAAGCUGGUUGCGACAAAAUUGCAUAGUUCCCAGCAACACCCAGGGGGCUGACGCCAAAUCGAAUGGCUUGGCUGAACGGCUAGUGUCAUGGUUCAAAGCUCGAAUGAGACUCCAUCUCACGGCCGGGAAGGUCCCUGUGCAAUUCUGGCCUUACGCCGCCCAGUUCGCCUCACAAGAUCACCUUGAUGGUCUGUUGGACCGCCGGCCACCUCAGCUCACCUUCGGAAGGCAAGUGCUGUUCAGGGCGAAGGCUAUGACUAAUGAAGCAAAGAAGGUGUUUUCCACCUGGGAGUGGGGCCGCUACUUGGGUCGUUCAAUGAUCUCGGCAGAGGGGCAUCACAUCCUUAAGGAUUCCACCGGGGCCGUCAUUACCAGCAGAUCCGUACGAGCAGGUUUGGUUGACGUUGACGAUGAGCUCCUUGAACCCCUUGUGGCUGAGGACCCAAAGCCAGUUGUCAUGCCUGUUCCCCCACAUCGUCUCCGGGAAAAAACGUAUGUCGCCAAGGUGGCUGAGCAGGAGUUGAUGGCUGAAGAGCAAGCUUCAAAGCUACUGCGCUCUGGAAACAUCACUCCUCAAGCAGUAUCUCGGAUGCUGCAGCACUUGGUCCAGGAACCAGCUGCAGACAUGAAGCGACGCGGACACUCCAGCGGCCAUUGGUACCUGGGCGGGUUUCGUCGAGGGCCCUUCUCGGGCAUUACCAAGGCCACCAAUGGGUUGCCUCAAGUGCUUCAGGUGCUCAACCAAUUCCUGCUUGGAAAAGCGCGGGCCAAAGGCGUACCAGAUUUCCGUUGGGUUUCUGUGGGUCUUUUCGCCAACCCUGAGGUGCCUGUGCAUAGGGACUUUCACAAUGAAGGCUCAAACUUUGGGCUUGUGAUACCGGGUAUUACCAACCUAUGGACAGAAGAGGCAUUGAACUCCUCUUCAGUUCCCGCCGGUCAGUUGGCUCCUCGCCAAGCAACCGCGCCAGGAUACCUAACGCCCCUAAAGCCAGGACUCCAGUUUAACCCCAAGACACCCCAUGCUGUGGUUCGUACCCCGGAGUGGGUUGUAGUCGGUUACACCCCUAAUGGCUUCUCGGUCGACGUCGAACGAGACCGACUGCAAGCCCUAGGUUUUCGGGUGCCAGAUGCCACCAGGGGCAGGAUACCACAAGCCGCUGUGGUGUCUCCUCCGCUUGUGCCAGGUCCAAAGGUUCAAGACGAUCAGGUGCCAGCUAGUGGCGUGCCAACCGCAUCUCCCUCGGUCGCAGCUCAGGGCAUCAGACCCUUGGAGCAUGUCCCAGGCGUGCCAGGUGCUCUAGGUCUACCAACAGGUGCAUUCUCCCCGGUCGCAGCUCAGGGCGUCGGACCCUUGGAGCAUGUCCCAGGCGUGCCAGGUGAAGCAGGUCUGCCUGCAGCUGUCACUCCUGCCAUAUCCACGUCCUUGAGAAGCCCGGCUGAAGGCCCUCCGGCCUCCAACACGACUACCAUCUCUGAACCUUCCACGGGCUCAAAUGCCAGUCUCCCAAACCUCCAGGCGAUUUCUGAGAAGAAGGGUGAGGUAAUCCCAGCUGCCCAGGCUUGUCCUGCUUGGCUUCCACGCCUUUCAGCCACUCGAGCUGAUCCAAGUCCUAGGAUCACUUCCGGACCUUCCCAGCUUAAGUCAGUUGAGCCCGCGGUCAUCGAAAACAUAGAAGCUCAUCUGGCGGACCUCGACGCCAAUGGGCGCAAGUUGGAGAUCACUCACACAGCUUCUCCAAAGGAGGCCAGGCAGCACUUGGAAAAAUGGAAGGAAUCGAUGGAGGAAGAACUGAAUGGUCAGUUGGCUUCAGGUUGUUUGACUCGCCGAGACGGAGAGGAAGCACGACAGCUUUUGAAGCGUCCGGAUGCUGAAGUCUUGAGCAGCCUGAAUGUGUGGACCGUCAAGCCACCCAAGCCCAACAGCAACAAGAUGUACAGGCGAAAAGUCAGGACCGUGGCCUGUGGAAAUCAAAGCGAGGUCACCAGUGAAGUGAACACUUACGCCUCCGGUGCCAGAGCUGAGUAUGUCCGGUUAGCUUUGAGCUUGGCAGCAAACAACGGUUGGGAUGCCUUUACAACAGACAUCUCCCAGGCGUUCCUGCUGGCGCCAAAGCCAGAGCAGCGAACCAUACUUCUCCGACCAACCCGGGAGCAUGUGUCAUUAGGGUUGGCCUCCCCCACGGAACUGUGGGAAGUCAACCGGGCAGUCUACGGACUCCGGGAGAGUCCAAAGUGGUGGUCAACCUACCGGGAUAGUUGUCUCCGUACCGCAGCGUGGGACAACUAUCACCUUGAAGCCACUUCGUGCGAUUCCAUGUGGACUGUCAAAGAUGACAAGGGUGCCACCUGUGGCAUAGUUGUCACAUACGUUGAUGACUUCUUGAUCCUUGGUAACCGCGCAAUGGCCUCUGGAUUCCGUUCGCACCUUUCCUCAGAGUUUGGGUGGGCCUCGUCAGAACUUGAAGGUUGCGAGCAGCCAGGAGAUAGUUUGAAGUUCUUGGGAAUGGAGAUUGAAAGGCUUCCUCAAGGUUAUCGUGUGCACCAACGGCCUUACAUCGAGCAACUCCUGUCUGCUUACGAUGUCGGCCACCCUGUGAGGACACCUCUGCCACGAAUUCAGGAGGAGCCAGACGUGGUGCCCUCCUCGCCAGAAUCCUUGAAGCAAGCGCAAAAAGUGCUGGGAGAACUCUUAUGGAUCUCCCAGCGUUCUCGUCCUGAUGUCAGUUUUUCAGUAUCUCUGCUUGCAUCAUGGGUGCAUCGCAACGCGCAGGAGGUGAUAAAGUUGGCCCUCCGUGUGCUUUCAUAUGUGGCCACGACUAAGGAGGAGUGCUUGCAUUUUGAACGCCAGAGUUCCCGUGGAGAGCCACCACUCGUGUGCUACACCGACGCAUCGUUCUCGCCAUAUGGCGGUCGGUCGGUUUCGGGCUUAGCUAUAGUGGUUCAGGGCUGUCUCGUUUCGUGGCGGGCAAAUAAGCAGGCUUUCGUGGUCUUAUCCUCCUCGGAAGCAGAGCUGGUGUCUGCAACCGAAGGAGUCGUUCAGGCCCAGAGUCUCAUGCCCCUCCUCCAGGAGUUGGGAACCACCUGUAAGCAGGUUGCACUGCGGGUGGACAACACCUCGGCAAUCCACCUCCUUCAUGGGCGGGGAGCCAAUAGAACCCGUCACCUUCGUGUCAGAGCCGCAUACGUGUCGGAGUUGAUCGAAUCUGGCGAGGUCGCGGUUGAGCACCAACCGGGGAAGGAGCAGUUAGCUGACGCUUUCACAAAGAUUCUCCCUUCACCUCGGUUGUGUUUCUUGAAACAGCUGUUAAAGCUCCGCUCUGAGAACCCCGGUCCGGACCUGGGAGAGGACACUGUGGAUGAAGAUACUUUUGCAGAUGAAGCCCCGAGUCCGCAAAUUGCCUCAGCGGAUGUCGCCAGGGAUUUGUCAAGUCCCCGUUCUGUGGCUUCUCCUUCUGUGCUUGCCAGCGUGUCAAGAUGGUUGACUGGGCUAGUGACGUUUUGCCAGGCUACCUCAUGUGCUGGGGAAAGGGCACUCACCGUUGCACCCGGGGUUGAGGAGGAGGCGGCGGAAGGAGUCCCCUUAGGAAUCCGAGUGGAUUUCACACUGGCCACCUACCUUGGACUGUUGAUUGUGUUGCUAGUUGCCCUAUGCUGCUGGGAAGGGGUGCAUCGAUGCAGUCGACCACAGCCUCUUACCGCGCAAGCCAAAGCUGUUCGACACCAGACCCGAAAGAGCAAGAAAAUUGAAGAGAAAGUGCAGGAGGCUGUGGCUCGGGAGAUCCAAGGUCUUCGCCAUCGAGGCGCAGCCCAAACCUCUUCCGGGGCUCCAGCGUCUCCUGAGAGCGAGUCAGCCUCUACCUUGGAGCAAUCUGCCCCUUCGUCCCAGCUCUCUUCUUCAGCAGGCCGUUCAGCCGAAGUUCCUGCUUUAACUUUCGGGCCGGUUGUUCAACCGAUAUCUUCGGACUCUCAACCUCCGUCGAGCACCUCCCUCCCAUUUUCCAAGUCAAGGGCUGCCCCAGCCAGUAGCGCUCGGAGCAGUCAUCAGGCUUCACCGCAUCUCUCCGAGCGUGUUCCGACGAUGGUCAAUCCCAUGAGUGCCGUGAAUCCCGGGCCCUCGAAGGGCUCUCAUGUUCGACCUCCAACUCUUGUGGACCAGGAGGUGCAAACCGUGCACUCCGGUGACCUGGCAAUUCCUUUGUCUGCCUUAAACCGAGGCAUUCCCACCGGAUCAAUCAUGACCACCAUGCAGCGAGGUGGAGUUGUUCACCUGUACGAUGACUGUUCAUCGCUGGGCGUUCCAGCCUACCGGCAGACUCGCACUUUCUGCCGAACCUGUCUUCAUAGGGUAGGGUUGGGUAAUCCAUAG